AUGGAGCACCCGCCACAGCGUAGUCCGGUCGAGAACGGUAAUCCACUGUACGACCCCGCAUAUGAUACAAAUCUCUUCGACCUCUUGGUCGUCAUGCUAGUCAUCUCGGAUGCUAAUUUGUGCUCGGCAUGCCGGGAUAAACUGCUGGUCGAGCUCCGCGAGACGUCCGUGUGUGCAAUGGGCGACUUGGACGAGAAGCACGUCGACCCGGCCACGGCCCCGUCUCGAAUCAUCAACCUUGUCAUCAGCCACGUCUCGGCCGAUCAUGACGAAGGCGAAUACAAACACAGUGUCAAGAUCGUGACGACGGCGUUUCCCACCCCCGUCUCCAUCCGCAAGGCCCGGCUCAUCAAAGAGGUGCACGACCCGACCUGGUAUCCCGCGCUCGUCGAGCGCUUCGUUGACCAGUUCGCCCGCACCACCCAGCCCGACGGCUUGACGCCCUUGCAGGCCAAGCUCUGGUACGUCCUGGCCAGCCGCUUCACCAGGUCCGACGUGCAGAACGACAGGCCCCCUUUGGAGUACGCUUACAACUGGUUGCAGCUGCUGAACUUGAUGCAAGACACUGACCGCUGCUGCUGGCCCGUUGCCAAGGAGCCGUACCACACCGGUAACAAGCAUGAGGUGACGUUCGACGUCUUUUGCCGCGCCAUCAGCAACAUCGACCAAGGGGGCGACCUGGACUGUGCCCUGCUGGAUGGGCUGAAGACCUAUAGACAUGUGCUGCGGGAUGAAGUGAGCGACCCCGACGACUGGCUCGAGAUGCUGCCGCUGCUGUGGCAGGUGCCGCCCGUCGUGUACGCGCGCCGGCGCGUCGCCGAGAACCUCAACCGCACGGACCCCAGCAUGUUUGCCGAGUUGACGGCGCCCUGGCGCCGGCACCUGGCGAGUGGUAGCAGGCCCUGGGGCUCGCUGAUCCUGCCGGAACCUGGCGACAUGCCGCUCUCGCCGCCCAACAGCUUCACCGAGUGGUCGGCCCGCCGCGACGCCCAGCAGCUGUUUGACAGUCUAUUCGCCCGCAUGUUCCUAGACAACCUGAGCGGGCCGGAGCAGCCCAACGAGCCGUGGAUCCGGGUCUACGCGGGAGAAGAGCGCGAGCCGGAUGAGGAGCUGGAUGACGAGGGUGUUUAG